AUGAUUAGAAGAGAUGCAAAAUUCAAGACUAAGACACCCAAUCAACUUCUUGGUGAAAUUCUCCAUCAAGAGUUGGUUGAGAGGGAUGUGGCCAAGUCACUUUGCCACAAAGUGAACAAGAAUGUAGCAUCCAAUGCUAGCUCAAGUGACAAGGUCGAAUCAAGUCCCAAAGAUCUCAAGACAAAGAAGGAAGAUUCAAGUGAUGAAGGUUCCACUGAUGAAGAAAUGGCAUUGGUCUUGAGAAACUUCAAGAAGUUCAUGAAGGAGAAAUACUACAAGAAAGGUGGUGAUAACAAGAAGAGGUCAUCACAAAUAAGAUGCUAUGAGUGCAAGGAAGUGGGCCAUUACAUUGCCGAUUGCCCACAGUUGAAGAACAAAGAAAAGGAGGAGAAGAGGUACAAGGAGAAGAGCAAGGACAACAUAAAGCUUACAUGA